UCCUCUGCUAGUUGGCCUCAAAACCCUUCAUAUUUUGAUCAUUUUCUCUCUCAAUUUCAUGUGGGGUUAUCUGAAUCUCUCUGAAUUUGAUUAUUUUCUGUAUAUUAGAGGAUAAAGGUUGAGACUUCGUGGGGGUUAGAGAUAUUUAUUGAGAGAAAGGAAGGAACUUUGGUGUGGGAGAAGGGAAAUUAGAAUUGGGUUUGAGAUAAUAAGGAUGAAGAUUCAGUGCAACGUGUGUGAAGCUGCAGAGGCCAAGGUUCUAUGCUGUGCUGAUGAGGCGGCGCUGUGUUGGGAAUGUGAUGAGAAGGUUCAUGCAGCGAACAAGCUCGCCAGCAAGCACCAGAGAGUUCCUCUUUCUAUCUCUUCCUCUCAUAUGCCCAAAUGUGAUAUUUGUCAGGAAGCAUUUGGCUAUUUCUUCUGUCUGGAGGAUCGGGCUUUGCUCUGCAGAAAAUGUGAUUUGGCAAUACACACUGCAAAUGCUUAUGUCUCUGGUCAUCAAAGGUUUCUUCUCACUGGUGUAAGAGUAGGUCUUGAAGCCACUGAGCCUGGUGCUUCUUCAACUUCUCUGAAGUCAGAUUCUGGGGAGAAAAUUUCGGAUACAAAGUCGUCUUCUGUCUCUAGAAAGGUUUCUACAAUGCCCCAGUCAUCAGAUUACAAUGAAGUGUUACCCAUUGGAGGAGCUGGCGAGUUUCCUCCAGCUAAGGUAUCUUAUGGUGGUGGUUCUACAGCUGGAAACAUCUCACAGUGGCAGAUUGAUGAAUUUCUUGGCCUAAAUGAUUUCAGUCAGGAUUAUAAUUACAUGGAAGGAUCAUCAAGGGCUGACAGUGAUAAGCUUGGGGAUUCUGAUUCUCCUGUUUUAAGAUCCAGUGAAGAGGAAAUGGAUGAUGAUGGCUACUUGGGACGUGUUCCGGAUUCAUCCUGGACAGUUCCUCAGAUUCCUUCCCCUCCUACAGCUUCAGGGUUAUACUGGCCCAAAGACCCUCAACAUUUACCUGAUAGUGCUCUCUUUGUUCCUGACAUACACUUUUCUAGCAUGCAACAAUCUCAGAAUAGUAGUGUGUUUUCAAGACGGAGGAGGCAUUUUUGAUUUGUUUCCUCUGAUUUAUAACUUGGAGAUAAUACUUUUUUAUUUGUUAUCUGGUAAUGAUGCUAAGUGCUCCCCUCUUACAGAGAAGUUUAAAAGGCUUUUCAGUUAAGUUUGGUCUUGUAGCAUUCUCACUUACCGUUCUAGAAUUCAAUGUAGAUGCAUCUAUUUGGUUAUCAUAGAGAUCUUGUUCAAUAUUGGAUUGGUUUUGCUCCUUCA